ACACGUGUUGAAAAUGGCACUUUCCACACCAGUAUCUUUUUCUUCAAAUGGAGAAUAUUGCAUGUAUUCAAGUCCUGAUGGCGUUCUUAAAGUAUAUGAUACAUCGACCUCAAAAAUCAGUCAACAGUAUACUCCAAGUUCACACCUGACAGCAACAUGUACUUGUUUAUCAUGGGGUCCUAAGAGACCCAAUGCUAAAACACCAAAGAAAAAGAAAAAAAGGAAAUCGUUAUCAGAAGAUUCAGCUGAACAAGAGCAAAAUGAUAUUGUUGCAAUAGGAACCAGUUCUGGAAAUAUUUUAUUGUACAGUAUAGUAAAAGCUGAUAUACAGAGUCAGUUGGAUAAAGGUCACAGUGAAACAGUAAAUGACCUCUGUUGGGAUGAAAAUCAAGGUUAUUUGUACAGUUGCAGCAAUGACCACAAUGUCAUACAAUGGGAUGUUUCUACAGCUAAUGUUAGACACAAGUGGAAAGCAGAUAAAGGAAGUGUCCAUUCAAUGUGUCUUUGUUCCUCCAAUCAUUUGUUAACUGCUGGUAGAUCAAUUAAACUGUGGAAUAUAGAAAAUAAAGAAUUGUUAAAGACAUUUACUGGUCAUAAAACAGAAAUUUUCCGUCUCCUUCCUUUACCACUUUCAGCAGAUUCGUCAGAUUCACCAGAAAAUAUGUAUUUUUUAACGGCAGCUCAGAAUGAUAGAAUCAUUAAUGCAUGGCAAAUAAACACAUCAUCCUCUGAUAAGAACUCAAUUACUUCAUUUUCACUGCCUGAAGAACCAACAUUAUUAGAUGUUUGUCAGCAGUCAACAGAACAGGUUGUAAUGUUGUGUGCUGUAACAAGAAGUGGCCAGGUUGUAAUAUUUGAGCACAAAUUAAAUGGGAGAUUAAAAAAGCCAUUAAAACCUAAAGUUCUCCUACAAGUAUCGACAUCAGGUACAAAGGACAGCUUACCAUUACCUAUACCUAUACUGGCAGCUCAGAUUUGUGAUCAAGAUAUUCUUAUUGUACAUGGAAACUUCCUCAAACCUACAUUUGAAAGAGUGCGAUAUAAUUCUGCUGAUCCAGUACAGUGUUUAAUCAGAGAAGAUCCCAGGAAAUUCUCACUACAAACAGAUAGAAGUUUGUCAAAGAUACAAACUCCAGAUGUUUCCAAAGAUUCUACAGUUUUAGUACCUGGUCUUAUGGCACCCAGUGGUCCUUCACAGGAACCAGGAAGACGGUCCAAAAGAAAACCCUCAAUUACAGAUAUGAGUAUGGAAGAAAGAUUGAACGCUAUAAGUGUAGAUCAUCCUAGUCACCCUACAAGAGAACCACCCCAGGCUGACACGUUAGCCAGACUGUUAACACAGGGAUUACAGAGUCAAGAUAAAAAAUUGAUAAAUAACGUGCUGAUGCAAGCUUCAGAAAAAGUUGUACAAAAUACUGUGCGGAAGUUACCUAUACAGGCUAUUAUUCCAUUGGUUCAAGAAUUAUCAUCUAGAAUGCAUACACAUGCUCAAAGUUCAUCAAAGAUUCUGAGAUGGAUAAAAACACUGCUGACAAUUCAUACUUCAUAUCUUAUGACAUUUCCUGAUAUGGUUGAAAAUUUAAGUACCUUAUACCAGAUGAUGGAUUCAAGAACAAUGAUGUUUAACAAGUUGUCUCGCUUACAGGGGAAAUUAGACCUGGUUUUAUCACAGGUUACAGCACAAGACCAACCCGAAGUAGAAACCGAGUCAUUAGAACAGCCAUUAUUAAUGUAUCAAGAAGAAUCUUCAGAUGAGGAUUUUGGAUUGGAUGAUUUUGCUCCAACACAGUCAGAUACAGAGGAUAAUAUAGAUUUAUUUGAUGACAAUGAAGAAGAGAUGGAUAAGACACCAGACCAACAGAAUGGGGAUGAGGAAGAGAAAGAUUCUGAUGAUGAUGAUGACGACGAAAUGGAAGAUUCUCCCAAGGAAAAUGGUGAUGAAGAAAUGGAGUCUGAAUAAUUAAUGAGAAACAAUAAUGAAAUGGUGCAAUACAAAUGGCUUCCCAAGCUGACUGACUCUGCUCCAAGGAACUGGAAUAGAUUCUGGGUUCUAUUAACAGGAAGUGUAUUCAAGGGCAGAUAACUUAUCUAAAUUCUAAAUAUAGAAUGUUUCUGCCAGAACUGUUCUUUGUAAGGUCAGAAUGACUUCAUUAAAAAGAGACUGUUAUCAUUACUUAAAGAACAUUCUUUUCCUGGAAUGAUACAAAAUUGUGACCUCAGGGGUUACCUUGUUUAAUGAAAUUUUAAUUUAAAGGUGAAGAAGGAUUUUAUUAUAUUUUAAGAAGUCAAACAGUUUUGUGGGUGGUGAGUUGAUUUAAAGUUUUAACCUCCAAAGGCAUUUUCCAGUGAUGAUUAAGUGUUUGUCAAGAGUUACUUCCCUUUACAAAUGAAAUUGUCUUAUGUCCAUGGAUAAUAAGUAUGCUUGUUAAGAGGUUGUAAAUUGAUGGAAAAAAAAUAAUAAUAAAAUUGAUUUACAUAAUUUCUACAGCCUGAUACUGGUAAUUGCUUCCAAUUACAAAAAUGAAUUUCCAGAACUCUAACCUGGAAGCUUCUUUGCAAACAUCACAUCAUGCAUAACAAGUUUAUUGAAUUUUGGCAAGACUUUGGUUUCCACAUAUUAUCUUUUUAACCAUAUUUCCAACUUUGACUAAACUUUAUUUGGUCGUGUACAUUUAGGAUGAAGAAGACCCCUAUUGAUUGUUGUUACUAGGUCAAAUGUCAAGGUCAAAGCAACUGUUAAAAGACUGAAAUCUGGGUAAAAUUUUGGUUUCUGGAAAAAUGAAUAUGCAGGUUUGUUCCAACAUGAAGAGAAUAGGAAACACUUAAGUUUUGAUGUUUAUAUUGCCGCUUGAUAAGUGUUGAAACACAAAUAAUAGUAUUUAUUGCUAUUUUACGAAAUUUUCCUUUGAUCUUACCGACUGAUAAUUUCCUUUCUCAGCACAGUAGAGUGAUAUGAAAAAUUAUCGCUAGAAACUAAGGGCGCACAUGGCGUUGUCAAUGAAAUUAACAAUGUCGUCAUUGGUAAAAUAGCGAUAAACAGAUUAUCAUAGGUCAUCUCAACUCGGUUGCUUUUCUCACUUUCGCCGUACCGGCUCAAGCGAGAAAAUCAAUCUCGUUGAGAUGGCCAACGAUAAUCUAUAAUUAUCAUAAUUAUUAAAUGGUGAAAAUACUGUUAAAACCUGAGAGGGGUUUUAUAUGCAUUAGUCUGUCUCUGAUGGUUAUCAGUUAGAAACUGGCAUUAGAUAUGAUAGUGGAAAAGAUGUUUUAUUUGUUAAUCUAUUCAUUUCAUGAUAAUUAGGAAAGGGUUAUUUGUUUUAUUAAAGAAAAUUGUGUAAGCUUUGUAAAUUGGCACUUGUUUUCUAUUGUUCAUAAGGUGCUAGAUGAUAGAGAUAAUUCUUAUGUUAUUGGUGCAUAAUAUAUACCUGAAUUGUUGAAAAAAAGUAUAUGACUACAAAUACAUGUGGUCACACUUAUACAGGUCUAUAAAAAGAAUUUUGUGGGUGUCUUAUCCGUCAAAUUCAUAUACUUAGUAUUCAGACAGGUAGAGUAUGAAUAAUGUUGUCUCCCACCAGUUCAUACUGGACUGUUGGAUCAGUUAAUUAUGGAAUAAUUUGCGAAAGAAUUCAAAUAUGGAAAAAUUUUCAAAAAGUGACGGCAAAGCACAUGAGAGAAUUUUAGUGUUGUUCAGUCAGGAGUUGAAUAUUAUUGAUAUUUUAAUUUGGACUAGUUAUUCUUUUUUUGUUACAUUGUCUUUUUCUAUAUGCAUUCUGGGUUCAGUUUGAUAGCAUUAACCAUGUCCUGAUGUCACCUAUUACUGUAUGACAUCGGAGGAGUGAAGUUAUCAGUUUUCUUACCGGAACCAAUGUUAUAAAUCAGUAAAUGUAAAUAUUAGUAGACACAAAGGGCAUUUUGUUAUUUAGUCAUCAGAGUUUUUGGGAAAAAAUUGUACCUGUCAGGUUAUAAAUCACAUCUGGUUCUGCCAUGAGACACAUGCUUCACUGGACUUGAUAGGAGGGUUUGUCUCUCAUGCUGUGUGCAUGCAGUAGAUUUGCCCUAGAACUUGUAGUGUAAGCCUUUACAUUCUACAUUUAUUGGUUGUUGGACAGAUCUGUCCUUUGAAAUUCAUUAAAUUUGUUCUUUGGUCUUUUGGUUGAUAGUUGUCUCAUAUACCACCAGUGUUCUCCCCAGGAAUUUUGGAUAGCAUCACAUUUGGCAUAAAAAAAAAUUGUAUUUAUUUUUUCAAUGUCAUUUGUUGCGUCGCGGCGAUGCUCUCUUUCUUUUAAGUUAUGUUGAUUUUUUUCAAUUCAUAACUGAGAAUACAAUUAAAGUAUAACUGUUCUUUUAGUUUAUUUCUUUAAUAUUCAUUUAUAGUUACAGAAUUAUAUUUUUCUUGUUAGAAACUACCAACUAAAAAUCUAGUACAAAAGAGAACUUCUUUUAUAUCAAAAAGGAAAAGAAAGUAUCAUAUAGUAAUACCAUUUCAAUUAAAAACUAUUCUGUUUAUCAUGUUUAUGAAACUCAUUAUUUCCUGGGACUCAAUGUAUCAGUACCAGUUGUUUCAAACAGAUAUAUGUUUUUAACAUUGUUAAACUACUUUAAUCAGUAAAUUAAUUGAAACAAUGCGUUUACAUAGAAAUAAAUACAUUUUGCAAGGAGAUCUAACAAAUAGUCUGAAAAUUCAUGUGGAAUGAGUAGCUUUCCCUAUUGGGAUCAUUAUUAUUCUGUCAGCUGUGCCGUUUCUGCGUCUGUAGUUAUUACCGUAAAAAUGCGGAUUUUGAUCAUAGCUGGUCCGCUUCCGAUCCGUAAUUAGUACAAAUAUAUCAAUGGCGGUCGAAGAAAAAUUUACGAAAAUAAACAAUGUUUGAGAAGCGAAUUGGAUGAAUAUAUCACGAUUUUACUGUAAUAAAUAGAUGAAACAUUACCUAAAGGCAAUUUUCAUUCACGUUCUAAUGAAGUAUAGAACUUAUUUUGCCCAGAAUCGAAAUGUUUUAUGUACGCUCUCGAGUACCGGAAUGGGAAGAAAACACUUCUUUACAGGUUGUUAGUUUGAAAUAACAAACGACCAGCCUGUUAAUUAUAGUUCGCUCGUUUUUUUUUCUUCUCUUAGAAGACGGAUUUGCCUUGAUUCAAACGUAGAUUUCGAAUUGUUUAUGAUUUUCUGGAUGUCAAAAUUUUGCAAUUGGGCCACGUGUUAUCAGUCAUGUCAUAAGUGCCAGCUUGGGGUAUUCGUAUCCAAACAGUUAUCACCCAAAGGGCAAUUAACACCUAUUUAAUCAAUCUUAAUUGCCUCUUAUGUCCGAUUUGAAGGGAUUACAAUUAAAGGUGAUAUAAUUUUUAUGAUCACAAGCGGCAAUUCGAUGAAAGUUCGGAAUUUAGGACAUCGAUAUUGCGGCAAUGUAUAGAGCAGACAAGAAAAAAAUAGCGUCCUCGAAAUAAUUAUAGUGUAACGGUAAAAAAUUAUAGCAUCGCGGGGCCGCGACGCUAAAACGGCCUGGGGAGAUCACUGACCACAUCUUAUAUUGUAAAACAAUUCUUGGUGACCAGCUGAGUUAUAUUUACUCAAACCUGGCAAGAGGACAGAAACAUUACAUACUAUUGUGUGGUUUGUCAUUUUUUUAAAGCAAAUUGUAAAUCUUUAAUGAUACUCUGAAUGAAUUGAAAUAAAUCACUGGUAAAUAGAAUUAUUUCAUUUUAAUUUAUUUAUUUUAACAACAUAAUUUCACCAACAGGUGGGCCAUCUUGUGUUCAUUUACACCUACAUGUGCAUUUGUAACAUGUGUUUCUUGACAGAAAAAAGAAAUGAGGCAUUUAAACCCCUAAAAGAGAGGAGGGAACUUUUACAGGCUGUUUUGGAUUGUUUUACAUCUGUCCAAGAGAAUCACAUAUAUGUAGAUUUUUGUAUGAUACAUAAUUGAUAGUCUAACUGCCACUAUGUAAAUUAUUUUAUCUUUAUCACAGCCAAAAUAAUAUAAGCAUUAACCACUUUUCUUCCAAGAGGUAAAUUCUAUUUUAAUUUUGUGAUGACUUUUUUUGUUUAAACUAUCCAAACCAUAAUUGCUGAGGUAGAAAACUGGUAAAUUGAUGGUUAAGUUACCAGAUCAUUAUUAAUUUCAAUACAUAACGAAUACUUAAAUAGCUCUAAGUAAAAUUCUAAUUGAACUAACCAGUCAAAGUUUAUUAAAUAUUGUGUAAAUUUGAGUGUAUAGUUAUACAUUUAUAGACUGCAAAUAAAAGUCAAUCAUGGCCACUGAUCUAUAAAUGCCAUACAUAAAAAUUGUCAUGUCCUUGAUCAUGUUAUAAAUAGUCAGACAUUUUUUUAUGAAUGAAUUAGUAUGUAAUAAAAGUUUUAUUGUUAUUGUUGAUGUGUACAUUUUGUUAAUGAUGAUGUAAAAACAAUAUAUAAAUCAUGCUAAAAUAUUAAGUCAAAAAGUCAAUAAAAAUAUUCAGAUAAA